GCAUCGCCCCAACAUGGACUCUGAGCUGCAGAACAAGAUUCGCUCUAGGCGAUCACAUCAUAAAUCUCGCUUAGGCUGUAGGAAUUGUAAGAAGCGACGUGUAAAAUGUGAUGAGAAAAAACCUACAUGUACCAACUGCUUGCACCAUUCAGUUGAAUGCGAUUUCUCCGCUCCCGUGGUUUUACCGUCUCAGGGUACAUCGGCCCCUAAUAAAUCGACUCCUACUCGUCGAUUUCGCUUUAAACCGUCUAAAUAUCAACCCCUGCCAGAGUCGCCAAAUGCUGAUGAAAACCAUUCAACGGACUCUACCUCCACCGCAGUUCAAUGCGAUCUGUCGGCAAGCCACCACGAAAGCGGCGGGAUAUCGUUCGCGGAUUUAGAACUCUUUCAUCAAUUCGUCACUAAAACAUAUUCCAGUUUUGGGGACCCAUCAGACAAGCAUAGAGAAAUCUGGCAGCUGCACGUACCACGUUCUGGGAUCAGCUUUCCCUCUAUUCACCAUCUUACAUUAGCAAUCGCGGCUUUACAUCUCGCAUACGAGAACCCCGACCGUCGCGAUGAUUAUGUCACAAGGGCAGAUAGUCACUUCACGUUCGGUGUUCGAUCAGUGACGAAUAUCCUAUCCAAGCUCGACUCCGAUAACUGCCAGAUGGUUUAUCUCUCUGCGGUACUUAUCUGCUUCAUCUACUUUGCCCGCGGCCCUCGUCGAGGCGAAUAUCUCGUUUUCAGCGAAUCAGGGAAAUCAGAAUGGCUUGUCCUGAUGCGUGGUGUUCGAUACAUCCUCUUCUCUAAACACACGGAAGUCUUCUCUGGAAUCCUAGACCCCGGGGAGCAAGAAUCGCCGAAGAUGACUCCCGCUCUAGAAACCGAGUUAAGUGAGCAGCGAGCUCAUCUUACUGUCGCGCGUCAGUUUCUAGACCAGAGCGUUCCGGAAUCUGAGAAGGAGUUGUACGUCUCAGCCAUGGAUAAGCUUAUCGCUUCGUUCGAGGAAAUGCACAAUAUCCGCAGCAUCAGGGAUGACGGGGCGAACUUGAUGCCUGCCGUGAUUGGGUGGAUAUAUCGGCUUCCCGAGACUUUCGUGCGGCGGUUAGAGGAUAAGGAUUCUUUAGCAUUGGUUAUUCUAGCGCAUUGGAGUGUGAUGUUGAAAUAUAUGGCCCCCUCAUGGUUCAUGGAGAGAUGGGAUAUGCAUGUCAUCUCGGGGAUUCGCUCGUCUUUGAGAGUGGAUUAUCAUCAGUGGAUUGAGUGGCCUGUUAGGACGAUUUGUGCGCCGUGAUAUGAGUUGCGCCACUGCUUCUCUCUUUGUCAUUUCUACAUGUAUCAUUUUAAUGCUAUACUAUUACCUCAGUU